AUGUUUCCUAAAUUCUUAUUACCAUCUAUAAUCUUCCAUCCAAGGCGCCACAAUGCCAACCACCUGCCUUCAACAAGGAAAGCAGAUACUCAUGGUAAUGGAAACAAUAGAUAUCUUACUGGGCAUGUGUCAUGUCUCCGCUGUUCAAAAUGUGGAGCCGAGUUGUGCCUCAAGCCCCAAAUCAUCAGCAAAGGGUUUACUGGUCGUCAUGGCCGGGCGUACCUCGCUGAAUCGCUGCCCAACACUGUGAUGCAGAGACCAGUUCCACGCCAAUACGUCACCGGACUUCAUACGGUCUGCGACAUCAGCUGUGCAUUCUGCGGUAAUGUGCUCGGCUGGAAGUAUGUCUCCGCCGAGGAAGAGUCCCAGCGAUAUAAAAUCGGAAAGUUUAUCUUGGAAACAAAACGAAUAGCUAUGUCGUCAUCAUGGGAGUCACCAUGCAAUACUAAUCAGAAUGUAUCGCCUGGCCACCUGAGCUCUGAGCCCUCGGAAAACAUAAACCGUGAUGAGCACAUCGAGUUUGACAGCCAGGAUGAGGAUGAGUGUGAAGACAUAUUUGCUGGGAUAUGGAGUCCGAGUUUAGCUAUGCGCCGAAGGAGUCGGAAGUUGGAUCGCUAUCUCCCGUUGUUUCGGUUCCCGUCUUGAAGAGCAUAUUGAGACCCAUAGGUCAUUUCGGACUUGGCAUGAUGUUCACAACCGUACUUUUAUUAAUCCCUCUCAUUUCACGCCAGCUUCUAUCCAGCGGUAUGCUGGAAUCAUAAUGACAAUAACGACGGUUGUAUUAGCUGUCUAGAAGCGUUGGACCAAGCGCAUAUGUCAGAUUAGCCACUUAUCAAGCCGCUGC